ACCCUCUGAAACGACACUGUCUUUUACAGGGCACCAACAUCAGAUACUAGGCUGAAGAUAGAGCUGUAAGCGGCCGACCUGAAGUGAAAAUGGCGGACAAGAAACAAUAUUUCGUGAAGACCUUCACAGCCUCACGCAGGAAUGCCGGGACCGACGCGAACGUUUACAUCACGCUGAUCGGAGAGGCAGGCACCACCGCCGAGGUACAACUCAAGGCCGAGGGAAAGGUGGACCCCUUCGAACGUGGAAAGAUGGACAUAUUCCGGAUCUGGGUGGACAAGGACCCAGGGACCCUGAAAAAGAUCCGGAUCCGGCAUGACAACAAGGGGGUCUUUCCCGGAUGGUAUCUUGACAAGGUGAGUGUGAUAGAGGAGGGUAGCGGGGUGACCAGCGUGUUCCCGUGUUACCAGUGUCUGUCUCGCGUGUGCAGCGGGAUCGACCUGGAACUGCCGGUCAGCCAGGACACGGAAGCGCGACAACUGAGGAUCAACAACGUGGACUUCCAGCGGGAGCAGAACGCACCUCUGCACCACACGGACGAGUACGACUGCCCUCUCUUCGUGGUCCGCAGGGGGGCGCCCUUCCUCGUCAAGCUGGACUUCGACCACGGCUUCGACCGCCUGAAGGACAACAUCUUCUUGGAGUUCCGCACAGGCAAUCUGGACCGCCCCUACGCCAACAAGGGUACGGAGGUGCGAGUGCGUGUCGGGGGAGGGCCGGCUGAGCACGGCUGGGAGGCGGAGUUGUCCUCGGUGAAGGAGGGCGAACCCUCGGCGGUCGUGUCGGUCACGCCCCCGGCCAACUGCCCCGUGGCGAAAUGGCGGAUGUCUGUGGAGACCAUCUCGGAGGGUCUGUCGUUCGAGACCGAGAGUGAUGACUACGAGCUAGUCAUUCUCUUCAACCCGUGGUGUGAAGAUGACGAAGUGUACCUGGAGGGGGAUGACAAGCGGCAGGAGUACGUCCUGACGGAGCAUGGGAAGGUGUACCAGUCAUGGAAGGUGGACAGGAACACCUGGCAGAAGGUCUUCAAAGGAAAACCCUGGAACUAUGGACAGUUUGAGCCGCUGAUCCUGGAGGCGUGUCUGGACCUGCUGGACCGCUCCAAGAUGAAAGUCAUGUCCCGUGGGAGCCCCGUCACUGUCAGCAGAAUUGUGUCUCAAAUGGUGAACAGUGCGGACGAGGGCGGCGUGCUUGUGGGGAACUGGAGCGGGGAUUACUCUGACGGGGUGGCGCCGUGGGUGUGGAACGGCAGCGUGAGGAUCCUGCAGCAGUACCAUAAGACCAAAGAACCGGUCAGCUACGGGCAGUGCUGGGUCUUCUCCGCGGUUACCACAACAGUUCUCCGCUGUCUCGGCAUUCCGGCUCGGAGCGUGACCAAUUUCUCCAGUGCGCAUGACACUGACUGCAGCCUGACCAUCGACAAGGUCGUGGACGAAUAUGGAAACCUGUUAGAGGACAGCGACUCCGUCUGGAACUUCCACGUGUGGAACGAGGCUUGGAUGGCCCGUGCGGACCUGCCGAAGGGGUACGGAGGAUGGCAGGCCCUGGACGCCACUCCGCAGGAGCAGAGCAAGGGCAUUUACUGCUGCGGUCCAGCCUCGGUGACUGCCAUCAAACACGGCGAGGUCCAGUACAACUUUGACGCCCGAUUCAUCUUCGCCGAAGUCAACGCGGACAAGGUCCACUGGUGCCAGCAGAGGGACGGGUCGUGUUACGUGGCCGGCAUGGAGAGGGGAUCAGUCGGGAGGUUCAUCAGCACAAAGGCUAUCGGGGUGAACGACCGAGAGGACAUCACGGAGAACUACAAGUUCCCAGAGGGAUCUGGAGAGGAGCGCGCGGCGGUGAGGAGGGCGGCGCAGUACGGCUCCAAACGCCGCAACCCGUACGAGCAGGGCGCCACGGACGUCGAGUUCUCCCUCGAGGAUGACGGCUCCGUCCCGGUUAACGAGGAUGCCGACUGUUCGAUCACGAUGAAGAACACUUCUAACGAAACCCGCAGUGUGACGCUGCUGUACAUUGCCAACAUUGUGAAGUACACCGGGGUCCAGCACCAGAAACUGCGCAAGGAGAAGAUCGAGAUAGAGCUGAAGCCAGGGGCGACUGAGAAGUACAACGUGGCCGUGAACCCCAUGUCCAACAUGGAUCACAUGGAGGACAAGUGCGCGCUCAAGUUCGUCUUCAUGGCGCAUGUGCAGGAGACUGGGCAGACCUUCGCCGCCGAGAGGGUGGUCGAUAUCGACUUCCCGGAUCUGGACAUCGAGGUUCUGGGGAAGACUGACAUAGGACAGCAGGUGAGGGUGGCCAUCACGCUCACCAACCCGCUGGACCGGGUCCUCACCAACUGCGAGUUCAACAUCGAGGGGCCGGGGCUGCAGAGGCCUAAGACGGUGUUCUUCCGGAACAUUCGUCCGAGGGAAACUGUAACCCUGGAGGAAAAGUUCACCCCCAGACGUGCCGGUCUGAAGGAGAUCGUGGCGAACUUCAGCAGCAGCGAGCUGUGUGACAUCACCGGCGAGGCCGAGGUCCGGGUCGGCGUGGUGCUGAGGCGCUAGAGCUGCAGUUUUCUGUAUGAUCACCAGGAGGCUCUGCAAUCAUAUACUAGGUUGCCAAAGAAAGUCUGUGCUAAGAAAAGAUGAUAAGCUGGUGGGAUUUCAGGUUAGUUAUGACAAUGAUGAUGAUAACAUAUUUUUCUGAAGCAAUAAUAAUGGCGUUGUUGCAUUGAACCAUCAGUCAGUAUAUACGAAUAACGGCGUGCCGGUGCUCCAACUCUAGAGCUGCAGUUUGCCCUACGAUCGCCAGGGGGCUCUGCACGCAUAUACUAGUAGGUUGCAAAAGAAGGUCCGUGUUAAUUAAGAUAAGAUUGAGAUUUCAGGCUAGUAGUUAUAAUGAUGACGACUAUAGUAUAUUUUGCUGAAGCAAAAGUGGUGGUAUUGCAUUAAACCAUCGGUAUAUACGAAGGGAAAACCAUUUGGAAAACUAAGACCAGUAUGAGUGAACUAAUGUCUCAUCAAGCACAAUUAGAAAUGUAAAAUAGAUUUGCGGCUAGCCCCAGAAGUAGAACGCUCGUGGAAUGCAUGAAAAAUGCAGAGAAAAGCCGAUCUAUUAGACCAAUUAGAACACCUAGCGUGGAAGAUAUUCCGACACAAGUGGCCAAUCACCGGCCUUGACGUCACACCGGGUCAAAGUUCACGUUCCGCUGAAUAGCUAAUAGUCUGUGACAGGAUGGGGGGGGGGGCUCUGGAAUGAGACUCAAUUAUUUUAACUUAGUACAUGAAAUUAUUCACCAUCAAGGAACGUCAAUAUGCGUAGAAUAGGAGAUAACUAUAACAAGCUCGGUAAUAGUGACACGGUUGGUAUAAGGUGACAAUUAAGGGAACAUUCGUUAUAUACAUUCCUGUAAGGUGGUCUGAUGAUGGCAACAGGUGAUAGUUACGCACGCAUAGCCGAUAACAAUAGGCACACUGAUUAAGUUGUACAUGGUGGUUGAUGGUGCAGUUUUGCAACGGCUGUGGCAGUUCAAAUAGGUGUUGAUAUAAUGUAUUCGCUUAGAAUACACGAGGGUUACAUGGGGAAUAUUUCUGAGCGUCUUGGUUGAUUUAGUGUUUGGUUAUGUUGGAUUUUGACAAUCUCUACUGCUGCUUGGAACUCAAAAUAAAGGAGAUAGGAACUG